UAGAGCUAGCCGGGAAGAACGGUACCACAUCGAUCGAUGGCGGCGGGCGGCGUGUGGGUGUUCCGGAAGGACGGGGUGAUGGAGCUGGAGCGGGAGGCGUCGAGCAGGAAGGCGCUGGUGUACGUGCCGGCGAACGAGACGAUGCGGUCCCUGCGGGCGCUGGAGCGGCGGCUUGGGUCGCUGGGAUGGGAGCGCUACUACGAGGACCGCGCCGUCGUGCAGCUCCACCGCCGCGACGGCAGCGUCGACCUUAUCACGCUCCCGCGAGACUUUGCGCGGUUCCGCUCGAUCCACAUGUUCGACGUCGUCGUCAAGAACCGAGGCCACUUCAGGGUCGUCGACCUCUAAGCAUGCGCACCGGCCGGCCAGUCAAGCUUACAAGGUGUGUGUUAAUCGCUGUGCGUUUGAUCGAUCGUUUGACAUUUGCGUUUACCUGUAGAGACCUCUAGACAUCUCCGUACCUACUUUCCCUGGCCAGUCGAGGUUGCAAGAUGUGUCUGUGUGUCGUUUGUUGUGCGUGUGAUCGAUCGUUGUGUAACAAACUUAUAUCUUGCACUGUUUGGCGUUUCCCGUGUUCGUA